AUUUGGAAAAUGCCACUGAGAGACAGCUGUUCUUCUCUGAAUCCCGAAAAACAACCGGUGGAGAUCGACGCGACGCGACGCGACGCGAGCAGAGCAGCAGAAGACAAUCUGCAACCCUAAGCAAAUCUGUUUCUUCCACCGCGUGAUGCAGAAGAAGCCAAUCUGGAGGUUACUCUCGCAUCAAAGUUUGGUCCUUUGCCUCCCCAGAUCUCGCCCUCUUCGCUGAGUUGCUGCAGCGAUAGUUUGAACUUUUUUCUCCUGGAGUAGCAGCGAGGGUUCUUCGAAUACCGUGACUGGAUCUGACCUCGAAAGGUUAUGAUCUUUCUAGUCUCGAGGAAGUGGUGAAAUGACUUGGAUUUGGUCCAAGAUUGGGGAAGGAGAAUGCCUGUCUCCUAUAGAUCAAUAAGAGCUCCUGAUCUCAUCUCUGAGGCCAAGAACCAAUCUUCGCAUAAUUUCAGUACCUUUCUGAGAGAUUCACUGCCAGUUGCAUCAUCGGAGUCCUCACCGGCACCAUCUUCACCGGGCAGUAGGAUAAGCCCAGUACUCCUCUUCAUCAUAGUCAUUGUUGCUCUUGUAGUCUUCAUUGCUGGUCUUCUCCACCUACUGUUGAAAUUCGUCAUCAAGAAGCACUCUUUUCCCAGCUCCUUCCAGCACUCGAGCGGCCAACCAGACGCUGCAGAAGUCGCUGGAUCCGAUGCACUCCAACGGCAGCUUCGGCAACUCUUCCACCUCCAUGACUCAGGCCUUGACCAGACUUACAUUGAUGCACUGCCAGUCUUUUUCUACAGGGAGAUCAUUGGAUCCAAGGAGCCAUUUGAUUGUGCCGUCUGCCUCUGUGAAUUUGCUCAGGAAGACAAGCUCAGGCUUUUGCCGACGUGUGGCCAUGCUUUCCACAUCAAUUGCAUAGACACAUGGCUACUUUCUAAUUCUACUUGCCCUCUGUGCCGAGGGGCACUCUUCGUGCCCGGCCUCCCGAUUGAAAAUCCAAUUUUCGAUUUUGAGUUGCCAGGGGAAGAGGAUGAAUUUCCACAAGAAUCAGAAGCCCCUGAAACUAACAUGGAAAAGAGAGUGUUUUCAGUGAGGCUAGGAAAAUUCAAGAACUUUGGCACUAGAGGUGUUGUUGAUGGUGGCGGCGGCAUUGCUGUUGGCGUUGUAGGAAGGGAGGAAGGAGAGACUAGCAAUAAUGCUACAAGGAGGUGCUUUUCCAUGGGCUCUUAUCAAUAUGUUGUCGCUGCGACGAAUCUCCAAGUUUCUCUAAACAGUGUUCAUGUCACGAAUGGCUACGCAAAGGGAACCAGGCGACUGAAUGAAAAUCAUACAAACAUCAUGAAGGUUUUAGAGAGGAAUAAACUGGGUUUAGGAAGUAGAGGUGAGAGUUUCUCAGAGUCAAAAAUCUGGCAGUGGACUAACAAUAAAGGAAAACUCCCAGUGUCUUUGGAUAGUAGUUCGCCUGGUGGGUACUUGUCAUGGAUUAGAAGUAGUAGGGAUACAUGAACUUCAUAUGUCUGUUAUAUUUCUUUCUAUUGGCAAAUUUAGUUGAUGUGCCAAAUCCAUAUCAGAUGCUGGAUUUUGAUUUCAAUCCUUUUGUAUUGAAUGUGGUUUCACUAAUUCUCAAGAGAAGAAAGUAUGCCUUUGUUCCUUCA